UCAACACUAAUCAUUAGUGUUGUGCAUUCCCUUUGAAACUUGUGGCUGACGACGCAAGAGCGUGGCGUUGAACAUUCGCCAGUUUUAAAUAAAUUUCAGCCAAGUUCACAGCAUGUCGCGCAGAAAGGAUCACGAGGAGACGGACAAGCAGACGCGUAUUGCCAUCGUCAGCGAUGACAAGUGCAAACCGAAGCGUUGUCGCCAGGAAUGCAAGAAAUCAUGUCCCGUGGUGCGCAUGGGCAAGCUCUGCAUCGAAGUGACGCCCACGUCGAAGAUAGCGUCACUGUCCGAGGAGCUGUGCAUCGGUUGCGGUAUCUGUGUCAAGAAAUGUCCAUUUGAGGCAAUCACAAUUAUCAACUUGCCCAGCAAUUUGGAAAAGCACACAACGCAUCGUUAUAGCAAAAACUCGUUCAAGCUGCAUCGCCUGCCGAUUCCCCGACCGGGUGAAGUCCUGGGUUUGGUUGGUCAGAACGGUAUUGGCAAGUCGACAGCGUUGAAGAUUCUCGCAGGCAAGCAGAAGCCCAAUUUGGGUAAAUAUGCCAAUCCACCCGACUGGACGGAAAUUCUGGCCUAUUUCCGUGGCUCCGAGUUGCAAAACUACUUCACCAAAAUAUUGGAAGACAACCUAAAGGCUCUGGUUAAGCCACAGUAUGUCGAUCAGAUUCCCAAGGCGGUGCGUGGCGCUGUUGGUGAUCUGCUGGACAAGAAGGAUGAGCGUGAUCUGCAGACGAAAAUCUGUGAUAUGCUGGACCUGUCACACAUUCGCGAUCGUGAGAUUUCCCAGCUAUCCGGUGGAGAAUUGCAACGUUUUGCCAUUGCCAUGGUCUGCAUACAGAAUGCGGAUAUCUUCAUGUUCGACGAACCGUCCUCGUAUCUGGAUGUGAAACAGCGUUUGAACGCUGCCUUAACCAUUCGUUCGUUGCUGCAUCCUACCAAAUUCAUUAUUGUUGUGGAACACGAUUUGUCCGUGCUGGAUUACUUGUCCGAUUUCAUCUGCUGUCUUUAUGGUGUGCCUGGCUGCUAUGGUGUUGUUACUAUGCCCUUCUCAGUACGUGAAGGCAUCAACAUUUUCCUGGAUGGCUUUGUGCCCACCGAGAACAUGCGUUUCCGCACGGAAUCGCUCACUUUCAAGGUAUCUGAAUCGGCCACGGAGGAGGAGAUUAAGCGUAUGAAUCAUUACGUUUAUCCAUCCAUGGUGAAAACACUGGGCAAGUUCGAGUUGACCGUGGAAAAGGGUCACUUCAGUGACUCGGAGAUCCUGGUGUUGCUUGGCGAGAACGGUACCGGAAAGACCACGUUUAUUCGAAUGCUAGCUGGUAAUCUUCAACCGGAUGGUGAAGUGGAACUGCCAAUGCUGAACAUCUCUUACAAACCUCAAAAGAUUUCACCGAAAUUCCAAAAUCAUGUUCGUCAUUUGCUGCACGACAAGAUUCGCGAUGCUUACGUGCAUCCACAAUUCAUUGCGGACGUCAUGAAACCCAUGAAGAUUGAGGAGAUCAUGGAUCAAGAGGUGCAGAACCUCUCCGGUGGUGAAUUGCAGCGUGUGGCUUUGGUGCUCUGCUUGGGCAAGCCAGCGGAUGUCUACCUUAUCGAUGAACCCUCUGCGUAUUUGGAUUCUGAGCAGCGUCUGGUCGCUGCCAAGGUUAUUAAGCGUUACAUUUUGCAUGCGAAGAAGACAGGAUUUGUGGUGGAGCACGAUUUCAUUAUGGCCACUUACCUCGCUGACCGUGUCAUCGUUAUUGAGGGUCAACCCUCGGUGAAGACCACUGCAUUCACACCCCAAUCGCUGCUCAAUGGCAUGAAUCGAUUCCUUGAACUGCUGGGCAUUACUUUCCGACGUGAUCCCAACAACUUUAGGCCGCGUAUUAAUAAGAACAAUUCGGUCAAGGAUACGGAACAGAAGCGCUCGGGUCAAUUCUUCUUCCUGGAAGACGAGUCAGGUUAAGCGGUCGCAGCAAUGAACACAAAAUAUGUAACUCUGCAUAUAUAUUUGAAUGCCGUCAGCUUUGUUGGACGACUCGGUUUCUUUAUUCAUUCGUUUCAUUGCUCUCACGUUUUUCUUUCUAAUAGUUUCUUUUGUCCCUUUUGCAUUUUUUAAAUAAUGAACACAAUUUUCAACAUUUCUUUUGUUAUUGUUGUCCAGAAUUGAGAACAACUACAGCCGACCAUCAUACAAAUUUAUUAAAGUGAGUUUUUAUAAAAUGCUGAUUUAUACCGAAAAUAAAAGAUAUAAAAACAAAAA